CUCCUUAUUGACAGCGCAAUAGGACUCGAAAACGAGAAGCAAAUCAGACAAAAGAAAGAAAGAGGAGAAAAUGAAUUAAAGUAGAGGGCUAAUUCAUUUUCUUGGCGGGGCGUUCCCUCUUGCUGUGUUCUUUUUCUUCUUCGUCCCCCUCAAUUUCUCGUGUGUCUCGUCCCGAUUUGUUUCUUUUCCCACACAUCCGAUUUCCGGUGAGAUCUCGGUGCCGGGAAUCCGACAGUCCUUCCCUUCGCUGUUCUACUCGAUGACUUUGCUGUCCAAUCCCUGAUUCUAAUUGGUCUUCGCCGUUCGGAUACGAUCGGGAGGCGGGAAGAUUAGGGCUUUGGAUCCAUCAAGAUCGGGUCGUCGUUCCGCGUCCAGAUGCCGGUCGCUGCGUCGGCGAUCUACUUCCUGAACCUCCGAGGCGAUGUCCUCAUUAAUCGCCUCUACCGCGACGAUGUCGGGGGAAACAUGGUGGAUGCUUUCAGAAUGCAUAUAAUGCAAACAAAGGAACUUGGUACAUGUCCUGUGCGGCAGAUUGGUGGUUGCUCUUUCAUAUACAUGAGAAUUAGCAAUGUGUACAUUGUGAUUGUCGUUAGCAGUAAUGCCAAUGUUGCUUGCGCAUUCAAGUUCAUUGUGGAGGCUGUUGCUCUAUUUAAAUCUUAUUUUGGUGGCGCCUUUGAUGAGGAUGCAAUUAGGAAUAACUUCGUGCUAAUAUAUGAACUUUUGGAUGAAAUCAUGGACUUUGGGUACCCUCAAAAUCUGUCUCCUGAAAUUUUGAAGUUGUACAUUACACAGGAAGGUGUUCGGUCUCCUUUUUCGUCUAAGCCAACAGAUAAGCCAGUGCCCAAUGCAACUUUGCAAGUUACAGGUGCGGUUGGCUGGCGCCGUGAAGGUCUUGUUUACAAAAAGAAUGAGGUUUUUCUCGACAUUGUAGAGAGUGUGAAUCUUUUGAUGUCUUCAAAAGGUAUUGUUUUGCGUUGUGACGUGACGGGAAAGAUCCUCAUGAAGUGCUUCCUCUCUGGCAUGCCUGACUUAAAGUUGGGGUUGAAUGAUAAAAUUGGUCUGGAAAAGGAAUCUCAGCUGAAAUCUCGUCCUGCAAAAAGUGGGAAGACAAUUGAGCUUGAUGAUGUCACAUUCCAUCAAUGUGUGAAUUUGACAAGGUUCAAUGCAGAGAAGACAGUCAGCUUUGUUCCACCCGAUGGAGAGUUUGAAUUGAUGAAGUAUCGCAUCACUGAGGGUGUCAAUCUUCCAUUCCGGGUGUUGCCAACAAUCAAGGAAUUGGGUAGGACCCGCAUGGAAGUAAAUGUGAAGGUGAAGAGCAUAUUUGGUGCAAAAAUGUUUGCCCUUGGAGUUGUAGUCAAAGUGCCAGUGCCAAAGCAGACAGCUAAGACAAGCUUCCAAGUCACUUCAGGUCGAGCCAAGUAUAAUGCCUCCAUUGACUGCUUAGUUUGGAAGAUAAGAAAAUUUCCUGGACAAACUGAGUCAACCAUGAGUGCUGAAGUAGAAUUAAUCUCUACAAUGGGAGAAAAGAAAUCUUGGACAAGGCCACCUAUUCAGAUGGAGUUUCAGGUUCCAAUGUUUACAGCUUCUGGGUUAAGAGUACGAUUUCUGAAGGUGUGGGAGAAGAGUGGAUAUAACACUGUUGAAUGGGUUCGUUACAUCACUAAAGCUGGGUCCUAUGAAAUCAGAUGUUAGCAGCCGUUUGAUGGUGAGGAAUUAAAUUAGUGGGUAAAGGACAAAGUGAAUGCAGGCAUCAAGUGGAAGAGAACAUGGCAUUCUGAUAUCUUCUGAAGCAAUAGUAAGUUGGUGACUUCCGGAAUCACAGAAGGAAUUUCUCUUGUGCAAUUAAAUUUUCCAUCUUUUCGAACAUACAAUUUCUGCAUUUUCAUAUUCUUUGGGUAGGAAAGCUUGAGUUUUCUUCUGCUUGCUGUUGUAAAUUUUUUUUGUGCUUCUUCAGAGCUCAGUAGAUAUAUACUCUUGUUAACCUCUCUUGGGAGGGAAACACCGAUUUUCAAUCUUAUUGUCCGCUUGCAUUUUGUAGCA